UCCUACUCCACCUCGACUCAGGUAUGCUAUGCUAUACAUGGAAAAUCUUGGGUAACUUUUAGUUUAUUUAUACCGCCUUGCCUUAUACUUCCAACAACGAUCAAGAACCUUGAAGAGGCCAGCCAUGGUUAUUUCUUUGGAGACCCCUCUGGUGCGAAAAGACUAUAUGCCGAAGCCAUUGUAUUGUCCGGAUUACAAUAACUCUCAGCGGUGCCAACCAACUGUGUGUUUCAAUCGCUCGUUUCCAAUUUACAGCAGAUUAAACACGUUUCACCAGACAAUUUACCCGUAUAGUUAUGGCUAUCAAAAUUUCGAUUACCGCUAUCAAGACUUCGAUUAUUUUGUUGUGAUCGACUUUGAGGCCACAUGUGACAGAGGAAAACCUCCUUUUCCACAAGAGAUCAUUGAGUUCCCGUCUGUUGUAAUCAGCAGCUCUACUGGACAGAUAGUGGCUAGUUUCCAGACGUACGUGCGGCCCACGUGCAACCGAGUCUUGACUGAUUUCUGCAAAGAGUUGACUGGCAUACAGCAAACUCAGGUGGACAAGGGAAUUACAUUGAGCGAGGCAAUUGUUAGUCACGACCAAUGGCUCGAAAAGAUUGGACUCAAAACAACAAAGUUUGCUGUCGUGACUUGGUCCGACUGGGAUUGUGAAGUCCUGUUGGAAUCCGAAUGCCGGUACAAACAUAUCCAGAAGCCACCCUACUUCAAUAGAUGGAUAAAUCUGAAAGUCCCUUUUGGUGAGGUCUUUGGCAAAGAAAGAUGCAAUUUGAAACAAGCAGUCGAGAGGGCUGGGCUCACCUGGGAAGGCCGGGCCCAUUGUGGGCUGGAUGAUGCCAAGAACACGGCCCGACUGGUUGGGCUUAUGAUCAACAGAGGCUUUAAGUUCUCCAUUACUAACUCGCUCACUGGCCAGUCAAGCAAUGAUGAGAGUGAUAAUGAUUGGAAGCCAUUUGUGCACACGCCUAACGAGCCAGUCCGUUACACAUUCAAUGUUGUGCCAACUGUGUUUAUUCGGCGACCUCCUGUUGGGGCUGUGUUUGUCGGGUCUAGAAACUGGGCUGGCCCACAUCGCCUGUACAUGUCGUGAAAUUUGUAAAUCGUUUUAUUUUAAUUUGAGACCUCUUUUUAGUUGAAUGCAGCAUUUAGCUUCUUUAAUCAUUGUUAUCUUUUUAGUUUCUUUCUAUUUCUCGAGUCGAGAUCGAGCAAGCUGAAAUUGACGUAACAUGAAACCGAUCAGUCCGAAAG